AAUCGCGGGCAUGGCCGUUCUCAGGAUCCUCUCUGGUCUGACGUCGUGAGAGAAAAGAGGUUAUGUUUGCCGUCAUGCUGGUCGUGCUUUUACAGUGAUGUAAAAUAUAAAAAAAAAAGAAUGUAAUGUCACGCUCCAGAAUUUUGCAGUACGGUAUACCGUUUAUGAUCUUCAUCAUCGGUGGAUCGUUCGGCCUCCGAGAAUUUACGGAGUUACGUUACAGAUACAAGAGUACGAGUGAAGUUAAGUUGCGCGACGAAUUGGAAAAAAAGGGAUUUCAAUUGAAGCAACCGGAGGAAAUCACUUUGGAGAAGGAGUAUGAGAAGUUGGAGAAGAUCGAUCUUGACAACUGGGAAAACAUUCGAGUACCACGGCCAUGGGAGGAGUCGGAAAAUGCAAGAAAUUAAGUAUGAGUAAAAAUACUUUUAGCAUAAUGUGAUUGCUGUAUAAUUGACAGAAACAACAUGUGAUUCUUAGAAUGAACAUUUACAUGAGUGUAUACAAGGAGCAAGGGGAGGGAGCACUUUUCCUUUGAAAAGCAUAUUUUUUAUACACAGAAAGAAGCUGAAAAUAUUAAGAAAGUUUGCAGAAGAUCCUUAAAGACUAGUUUUUAGCUUUUAACAAGUUUUGUGUAAAAACAAAUUGCCCCUCUCCCUUGACUAAAAUCCUGGAUACACCCAUGAACAUUUAUAAUUACUUUAUUACAUGAAGAUCACUAGUUAGAUAUUAAGAAAUAAAUAUAUUAGUUCUUCAUGUAGUCUAUUUUGCUGUGAUCUAAUUAAAAAAAAAUUUAUUAAUAAUUGACAAAUUUUUAAUUGACAUAAUUAAAUCUAUUCAUAACAACAUUCAACAAGGAGCAAGGGGAGGAAGCACUUUUCCUCUGAAAAGCAUUUUUUUUAUACAGAAAGAAAUAUUAAGAAAGUUUAUUGAAGAUCCUCAAAGACUAGUUUUUAGCUUUUAACAAAUUUUGUGUAAAAACAAAUUGCCCCUCCCCCUUGACUGAAAUCCUGGAUACACCCAUGAACAUUUAUAAUUACUUUAUUACAUGAAGAUCACUUGUUAGAUCACUUGUUAGACUUGUUAAGAAAUAAAUAUAUUAGUUCUUCAUGUAGUCUGUUUUACUAUGAUCUAAUUAAAAAAAAUUUAUUAAUAA